AUGUCUUCCAACAAUGAAACCGUUGAGGUCAACAAAGAAGAGCUCCGUCGGGCUGGUGACUUGAUUGUCAUGCGCCUGAUGGAGGUCCAAAGCUACCUCGCCGACCUGGGCAAAGCCUACGUCCAGCACGUUAAGAGCAUCACCGACGGUGAGGGCGCCCACAUUGAGCUCCCUCUCGGUCCCACAUUCACUGGUGGAGAUUUCCCCGGCCGCGCCAGCAGCCCCGGUGCCAAGUCCGAGGCUGGCGGUCCUAAGAAGCGCAAGCGCGCCCCCGCCGACCCCAAUGCGCCAAAGCGCGCCCUCACUCCCUACUUCCUGUUUAUGCAGACCAACCGUCCUCAAAUUGCCGAGGAUCUUGGUGACAAUGCGCGCCCCAAGGAUGUUGCUGAUGAGGGUACCCGCCGCUGGCAAAAUAUGGAUGAGAAGGACCGCGCGGUCUGGAAGCAGAUCUACGCCGAGAACUAUGAAAAGUAUAAGAAGGACAUGGCCGCAUACAAGGCCACCAAGGCCGAAGAGGACCACGACCCCGCCGCGACCCAGCUGCAACAGGACUUUGCCGGUGCCGAGCCGGAACACGAAGCUGAGCCCGAAGCCGAGCCCGCCCAGUCUGACGAGGACACCUCUUCCGACUCCGAGUCUGAGUCUCCGUCUCCCCCCAAGGCCAAGACUCCCACUCCUCCCCGCAGCACCGUUAAGCGUCCUCGUAUCAGCAAGGCCAAGGAGGCCGAGACACCUGCCAAGUCGCCCGUGAAGAGAGGCCGCAAGGCUGCCGUUGUUGAGCCCGCGUCUGCCAGCAAGGACAAAACACCCGCUGAUACCAAGCGCAAGGGUGGAAAGAAGCGCAAGAGCGAGACCUCUUAA